AGUUGUAAGAGUGAAGAAACAAGAACAGCAUUAGCCACAUUAUCAAGAAAAGAUCAGAAAAUCACUCAAAAAAACUCCAAGAGGCAAAAGAGGAUGAGAAAUAAUGUGUUGAAAGAAACUAGUAAUAGUUGCAAUACUGAUAAUGCAGGGAAAAAUCAAGAAGAAGGUGAUGACAAGGCUGAGGUGGAGGAGAAAAUCUUGGCAUUACAAAAAAUAGUACCAGGAGGAGAAUCACUUGGUGUUGAUAUGCUCUUUGAAGAAACUGCUGGUUAUAUUUUGGCAUUGCAAUGUCAAAUCAAAACACUCAAAGUUCUUGCUAGCUUUGUUGAAGGUUCUGAGAAGGAAAGGAUGAAACUUGGAGGGUACAAAAAAGAUCGCACCAAAAAAAAAAUGAUGUAGACAAUCUAUCCCAACGACCAUUUUCUUCUCAUGCUUGGUAUUGGUACAUCUUGGUUGUCCAUCAAAGUCCAAGUUAGCUUCUUUUUUAAUUUAUUUUUAUUUAUUGUUUUGCCUAGAGACCUAAGGACAAGGGUUGGUGAGAAUUAAACUUGCACCAUUACUCAAUUGUUUGGUUCUCUUUUAUUUGGAUCUUAGGGAUUUGAGAUAGGGAUUAAUUAAUUUUAUUUUAAUUUAACUUCUCCAUAAUAUUAUUCUGCCUAAGUGUUACAACUUUGGAUGGAAAUCCAAUAGGGAUAUGUAUGAAUUGGUUGGAGUCUUUGGGAGACAUUUUUUUGUGGCAGUAUUAGUAAAUGCAGAUACAUAGGAAUGUCCUUGGAUCGUGUAGUAUAGAAAUGUGAUGAUAGGAAUUUGGUUUUUGAGUACAUGAUUUGGAGGUAUCUCCAGUUCUCCUUACCAAGAAAA